AGGUUCACCAUGGCGGUCGGCAAGAACAAGCGCUUGACCAAGUCCAAGAAGGGCGGCAAGAAGAAGGCGACGGACCCCUUCCUCAAGAAGGAAUGGUACGAGAUCAAGGCGCCGUCCAUGUUCUCGCAGCGCAACGCGGGCAAGACGCUCGUGACGCGGACGCAGGGCACGAAGAUCGCGUCCGACGCGCUCAAGGGCCGGGUCUUCGACCUGUCCCUCGCGGACCUUAACAACGACGAGGACCAGACGUACCGCAAGAUCAAGCUCGUGUGCGAGGACAUCCAGGGCUACAACUGCCUGACGAACUUCCACGGCAUGGACAUGACGCGCGACAAGCUCGCGUCGCUCAUCAAGAAGUGGCAGACCCUCAUCGAGGGCAACGUCGACGUGAAGACGACCGACGGCUACACGCUCCGCAUGUUCUGCAUCGCGUUCACGACGAAGAUGCCCAACCAGAUCGCGAAGAUGUGCUACGCGAACAGCGCGCAGGUCCGCCUGAUCCGCAAGAAGAUGGUCGAGAUCAUGCGCGACGAGGCGACCAAGUGCGACCUCAAGGAGCUCGUCCUCAAGCUCAUCCCCGAGUACAUGGGCACGGAGAUCGAGAAGGCGUGCGCGGGCAUCUUCCCGCUCCAGAACGUCUUCGUCCGCAAGGUCAAGGUCCUCAAGAAGCCCAAGUUCGACCUCACGAAGCUCAUGGAGCUCCACGGCGACGCGGGCAACGAGGACUCCGGCGCCGCCGUCCCGCGGGAAGGCGAGGGCGAGGAGGUCGCCGCGGCCGAGAAGGACAUCGAGAAGGCCGCGUCGGGCGGCCGGCUCUAGGAAGCGAGGCAAGCGCGCUUCGCUCCGAUCAACGUAGUAACAGUCG